AUGUCGGAGAACCAUAUAAAUCUCAAUCUGGAUGCUUGCGAGGAGAGAUUUCACUUGUUUAAGAGUCAUUUCCCCUCUAUGGAAUUGAAUUCAUAUUAUAAGUUUGACACUGAUGUCUCUGCUGAACAGAAUCUAUCUCUUUUAGCCGAGUAUGCAUUAGAUCCAAAUGUGACAGUGGCCUAUAUGUGUAUUUACAAGCCAAUAUUUUUGGAUGUAGUAUCAAGAUGGAUAUGCUAUGAGGAUGUCAAUAAGUGCGUCGACAUAGUAAGUGCAAUUGGAAGAAUAAUUACAUUUUGCCCAGAGGCAAAGAGUUUGAGCGAAGUUUUCUUCGAGAAAUACAGUGAUCAUCUCAAUUUGACACUACAAGCACAUAAGUCUCAAACAGAACAGACUUUGCACAAAAUACUUCUGGCAUAUUACAGGCUUCUGCAUGAAGAUAGGGAUCGCUUUAUGAAAUAUUUGAAACCGGAUGUCCUUUACUUAUUACUGAACUGUACUUUUUCUAAUCAAAGCAUUAAGUUUUUGGCGGCCAAGGUUUUGACCAUUUACCUAAACAUGGCUGAAAUGGCAGCUAACGAACUGAUUGAUAAGUAUGCUCCUUUCACAAGUUCACUCAUAGCUCCCUAUGAAGGAGGUAGUGAUGCUGAUUACAUAUUCUUGGAGCUUAAUGAAGCCAAGCGAUUCUCUAAAGUUUCAGCGUUAUCUCUAGGCUGUGAAACACUCCCAAACGAUGUGUCUCGAAAAUCAUAUUAUAUCAAGCAAGAUGAGCUUAGCAAGUUCGUGGUAUCAGUACAAAAUAUCCUGAUCCCCAAGGUAUUCAAUAGAGGUCAAAUGACAACCGGUGAUUGCGAGGAUGGAUUGGUUCCUACAGAUAAAUCUGUACUUGCAAUGCGCAAAUUAGCUACUUGCAUUCAACUUUCCAAGCCAGUGCUUUUGUAUGGUGAAGCAGGUUCAGGUAAGACUUUCCUGAUCGAAGAACUGAGUAAGAUUAUGGGCUGCCAUGAUGCCAUGGUCAAAAUACAUCUGGGUGAACAAACUGAUGCAAAGCUGCUCCUGGGAACCUAUACGUCUGGUGAGAUUCCCGGUACCUUUGAAUGGAGGUCUGGUGUUCUUACAACAGCUGUACGGGAGGGAAGAUGGGUUCUCAUCGAAGAUAUUGACAAGGCACCAACUGAGGUAUUGUCGGUUUUAUUGACAUUAUUGGAGAAAUCCGAGCUGACUAUACCGUCAAGAGGCGAAACUAUAAAGGCUAUAAACGGAUUUCAACUUAUCGCUACUAUACGGACAUCAGAGGAUAAACAAAGAAAGCAAGAUGAAAAAGGAAACUUGCCGGACCUGAUUGGUAUGAGGCUAUGGGAAACUGUACAUUUAGAUGAGCCGGAAGAGGAUGACCUAAAACGGAUUCUUUGUUCAAAAUAUCCUAUUCUUAAAAACCUCAUUCCAAGAUUUAUCAAGACUUACAAUUCAGUUAAAGACAUAUAUUCACACCCUCAGUUCAUAUCCUUGAAUAGGGGUGUCCAUCCUAGAGUUAUAACGAUCAGAGACUUAGUAAAGCUUUGCCAAAGGGUGGAAUCUUUGUUUCUAGAGAAUGAUGUAGUCAACGCAGACCAAUUGAUCAAGACGACUGUUUACGACAAUAUUUUCGCUGAGGCUGCGGACUGUUUCGCUAGUGCAAUCAGCGAAGUUAAGAUUCUCGAACCUUUGAUUCAAGCUAUUGGUACUUCUUUAGAAAUAUCAGCCUCGAGAGUGAGUCUCUUUUUGGCUAAGCAUGUGCCAAACUUUCACAGCUCAGAUGAUAAAGUUCAAAUUGGUCGAGCCACACUCCAUAAAAAUCGGGCGAUCACUCAAAAGAAAUCCUCUAACGAAUUAUCAUUUGCCCGCACCAAUCAUUCGCUCAGGUUAAUGGAGCAGAUAGGUGUGGCUAUCCAAAUGACUGAGCCUGUUCUUUUAGUGGGUGAAACAGGUACAGGUAAAACUACUGUUGUUCAGCAAGUAGCUAAGUUGAUGAACAAGAAGUUGACUGUGAUAAACGUCUCCCAGCAAACAGAAAGUGGUGAUCUAUUAGGUGGCUAUAAACCCAUUAAUAGCAAAAGCAGAGCAGUCCCUCUUCUAGAGGAAUUUGAAGAGCUAUUCGCACUUACUUUUUCAAUGAGGAAAAAUGAAAGGUUCUAUAAAAUGCUACACAAGUGCUUCAACAAAAAUCAGUGGAAAAAUGUGACCAAGUUGUGGACAGAGGCUCACAAGAUGGCCAAAAAAACCCUGGGAAGUACUGAAGAUGAAAGCGAAACGAAGAAAAAGAAAAGAAGACUUGACUCACAUACCAAAAAACUGCUGCUAGAUAGAUGGAAUGACUUUUAUGAAAUGGUUAAAAAGUUUGAAAUACAGUCGUCUUCCGUUGAGAACUCAUUUGUUUUCAAUUUUGUUGAAGGUUCUAUGGUCAAAGCAGUGAGAAACGGUGACUGGCUUUUGUUGGAUGAAGUUAACUUAGCAUCUCCAGAUACCCUUGAAAGUAUAUCAGAUCUACUUGCUGAGCCCUCUUCAAGAAGUUUAUUACUUUCAGAAAAAGGUGAGGCAGAGCCAAUAAAAGCCCAUCCCGAUUUCCGCAUUUUUGCAUGUAUGAAUCCCGCAACAGACGUUGGUAAGAGGGACUUACCAACUGGUAUUCGAUCGAGAUUCACUGAAAUCUAUGUUCACUCUCCAGAUCGUGAUAUCACUGACCUCUUAUCAAUUAUAGAUAAAUAUAUUGGCAAGUUCAGUGUCAGUGAUGAGUGGGUUGGCAAUGAUAUUGCAGAGCUCUACUUGGAGGCAAAACGCUUGGCAAAUUCUAACAAAAUCGUCGACGGUUCAAAUCAAAAACCCCAUUUCAGUAUUCGUACUUUGACUCGCACAUUGAUAUAUGUCACAGAUAUCGUUGGUAUAUAUGGAUUGCGUCGCUCGCUGUACGAAAGUUUCUGCAUGAGUUUUCUGACGUUACUAGAUGAAAACUCUGAACAGAUUUUGAAGCCACUUAUUGAGAAAUACACUUUGGGAAGAUUGAAAAAUGCCAAAUCAGUAAUGUCACAAAGUCCACCUUGUCCAGGGCCAGACUACGUAAACUUCAAACAUUAUUGGAUGAAGAAAGGACCCAAUGAACUCAUUGAACAACCUCAAUAUAUCAUUACUCCUUUCGUGGAAAAAAAUAUGUUGAAUUUGGUAAGAGCCACAUCUGGUAGAAGAUUUCCUGUUUUGAUUCAAGGUCCCACAUCUGCAGGUAAAACAAGUAUGAUCAAAUAUCUUGCAGAUAUUACAGGCCAUGAAUUUGUCCGGAUUAAUAACCAUGAACAUACAGACUUACAAGAGUACUUAGGUACUUACAUUGCUGACGAUACUGGGAAGCUUGCAUUUCGCGAGGGUGUUUUGGUAGAAGCGCUGCGAAAAGGUCACUGGAUCGUUUUGGAUGAAUUAAAUCUUGCCCCGACAGAUAUUCUUGAAGCGCUUAACAGACUACUUGACGAUAAUCGUGAGCUUUUCAUCCCUGAAACCCAAGAAGUUGUUCAUCCGCAUCCUGAUUUUAUGUUGUUCGCCACACAGAAUCCUCCAGGAAUUUAUGGUGGUCGUAAGGUUCUAUCUAGAGCUUUCAGAAACCGUUUCCUUGAGCUGCACUUCGACGAUAUUCCUCAAGACGAACUAGAAAUUAUCUUAAGAGAACGCUGUAAGAUCGCUCCCUCGUAUGCCAAAAAAAUUGUUGAAGUUUACCGCGAACUGUCAGUUCAGAGAUCCGCCAAUCGAAUUUUUGAGCAGAAGAAUGGUUUUGCAACACUGCGUGAUCUAUUCCGCUGGGCUUUGAGAGAGGCAGUAGGAUAUGAACAGCUUGCGGCUAAUGGGUACAUGUUACUUGCCGAAAGGUGUAGAUCAUUAGAGGAAAAAGAAACUGUGAAGAUCGUUUUGGAGAAAAUCAUGAAGGUAAAACUAAAUAUGGAUGAAUACUAUGCGAACCUAGAGAACAAGCAACUAAUGAACGUUCAAAGCCCAGUAGUUUGGACUAAAGCAAUGCGCCGAUUGUCAGUUUUAGUAUCCAGCUGUCUUCAGAACAAUGAACCAAUAUUGCUAGUUGGUGAGACAGGUUGCGGCAAGACCACUAUAUGUCAACUGAUUUGUGAAUUCAUGGGGCAUAAACUCAUAUCCAUCAAUGCCCAUCAAAAUACCGAAACGGGUGACAUUUUGGGGGCUCAAAGGCCAAUUAGAAAUAGAUCCGAAAUGCAAGGAAAGUUGAGUGAACUACUGAGAAAAAUUCUUAACCUCUACGAUUAUGAUGAAUACUCUCUCGACCAAUUACUGAAUUUGUACGAUAAUCUUGACGAUAGCGGAAUAUCUGAUGACAUGAAGAGAGAAGUUCAACAUUUAAGGGACAACUUGAAUGUUUUGUUCGAGUGGAAUGAUGGUCCACUGGUGCAGGCUUUGAAGCAAGGUGAAUUUUUCCUUUUGGAUGAAAUUUCACUUGCCGACGAUUCUGUUCUCGAACGUUUAAACAGUGUACUAGAGCCCGAAAGAAGCUUACUUUUGGCCGAAAAGGGCUCAAUAGAUAGCUUCGUCACUGCAAAGGACGGCUUUCAAUUCUUCGCUACAAUGAAUCCUGGUGGCGACUAUGGGAAAAAAGAAUUAUCACCUGCUUUGAGAAAUCGGUUUACUGAAAUAUGGGUGCCUUCCAUGGAGGAUUUCGAUGAUGUGCAUUUAAUCGUUUCUGCGAAAUUAACGCCAGAGCUGAAAAAGUUGGCAGAUCCUAUUGUCCAAUUUUCGGAAUGGUUUGGCAGACGAAUGGGCGGAGGCUCGACAAAUAAUGGUGUUAUAUCUCUCAGAGACAUUUUAGGAUGGGUCGAGUUUAUCGUAGUGUCGUAUCCAAAACUUCUAAAUUGUAAUGCAGUACUGCUUCAAGGUGCGUUAAUGGUGUUCAUCGAUGCUUUAGGCACGAACAAUACGGCUCAUCUAGCUGAAAACCAGCAUGGGCUAGCUGCCGAGAAGAUUAAAUGCGUGCAAAAGUUGGCCUCUCUAGUUAAAGACGAUCUUUUGAAAUACUUCAAUGAGAAACCUUACUUGACACUCUCACAGAAAACGGUGCGCAUUGGGAUGUUUGAUAUCGAGAGAAAGAAUGGCUGCAAGUCGACUCCCUCCUUCAACUUGGACGCACCUACGACGGCUGCAAAUCUUAUGAGGGUAGUAAGAGCUAUGCAAGUCAAGAAACCUAUACUAUUAGAAGGAAGUCCUGGUGUUGGUAAGACGAGCUUAAUAUCAGCUUUAGCGCAAUGCACAGGUAAUAAAUUAACAAGAAUAAACCUCUCAGAGCAGACCGACCUUAUUGAUUUGUUUGGUUCUGACGCACCAGGGGAAAAAACUGGGGAGUUUGUGUGGAGAGAUGCACCAUUUUUAAGAGCCAUGCAAUUAGGUGAAUGGGUUCUACUUGAUGAAAUGAAUCUUGCAUCCCAAUCUGUUUUGGAAGGCUUAAAUGCCUGUCUCGAUCAUCGUGGUGAGGCUUAUAUUCCCGAACUUGAUCGAUCUUUCGUUCGUCAUAAAGACUUCGUUGUUUUUGCCGCUCAAAAUCCGCAGUAUCAGGGUGGAGGUAGAAAAGGCUUACCAAAGUCAUUUGUGAAUCGAUUCAGUGUCGUUUACAUCGAUAUGUUGACUCCUGAUGAUCUAUUUUUAAUCGCCACACACCUGUAUCCAGAGAUUGAGCCAGCUACAUGUACUAAAAUGAUAAGCGUCAUAUCGGCACUUGAAGAUGAAGUCACCAAUAAAAAACUAUGGGGAUCUUCAGGUGGGCCAUGGGAAUUUAACUUAAGAGAUACAUUAAGAUGGCUCAAAUUACUCAAUAGUAACUCUAUUUGUGAAGACAUGCAGGCUUUUGACUUUUUAAACAUUGUUCUAAAGCAAAGGUUUCGGUCAGAAUUAGAUCGUCAAAAAGCUCAAGAGUUGAUAAUUAGGAUAUUCGGUGAAUUCAAGGAGAAAGAUAACUUGUUUCAAUUGGGUCCCAACUAUGUACAAGUGAAUGGUGAAAUUUCAUUGAGAAAUACAAUUCUCAAAUAUUCAUCCUCGCCUAACUUGGUUCCUUUACAGUGUAACUUUUCCAUUUACGAGUCACUUUUGAGAUGUGUAAACUACAAUUGGCCAUUAAUUUUGGUGGGUCCCACUAACGCUGGUAAAACUGACAUUAUUCGCUUUAUGUCUAAUAUCGUGGGAUCUAAAGUCCUUGAGUUUUCCAUGAAUAGCGAUGUGGAUAGCAUGGACAUUUUAGGUGGCUACGAGCAGGUGGACUUGAAUAGAAAGCUUUCUCAAGCAAUCAAUAGACUUUUUCCGAUUUUACGAGAACUCUUAGCUGUGAACAUGAUAUCCAGUGGCGAAAAUCAUGAUGCUAUACUGGCCGCAAUGAAUCUCUUUUACUUUAUCUCAACUACCUCUGUGAAUAAGUCUAAUUUGCAAGAACUGCAAGGUCUACUAGAAGAAUUCAUUCUCUUUAGGAAUGAUGAUGAAAUUCAGAUUAUUGCCGAAGAAAUCAAGAAACUGUCUGUUUCCAUGAGAAGUGCUACUUCAGUAUCCUUCGAAUGGUUUGAUGGGUUACUCCUGAAUGCAGUGGAGGAAGGGCACUGGCUAGUGCUGGACAAUGCUAAUCUCUGCUCUCCUUCAGUGCUCGAUCGAUUAAACUCUUUGCUGGAAACUGAUGGGUCAUUGAUAAUCAACGAAUGCAGUUAUGAGGAUGGGAGGCCGAGAAUUGUUACCCCACACCCGGGCUUUAGACUGUUCUUGACGAUGGAUCCAAAAUAUGGAGAGCUAUCUCGAGCAAUGCGCAACAGGAGUAUUGAGAUAUACGUAAACGAUUUGAAAACCAGAUCAUCAACGUUUGACAGGCGGGUACUAGGCGUCGAGUGUGAAAAUAGGGAGGAGCAAAGUUUGAAUGAUAACAUGAAAAAUCUCUCAAUAUGCAGUGGUUCUUCGUCCAAGCCACUAUCUACCUACCUGCCUUCUGAUAACUCUCUACUCACUCAAUUUGGAAAACUACAUGAUACGAUUGCUUUGACUGAAGAGGAUAUAGAUUCUUCAGUUUUCGGCAUUUUAUCCUUGAGGGCUACUUCCUUGAUAGACAGAUGGAACAGUAAUGUUCAAUUAUUAUCCCCAUUUUUUGAGGAAGAGACUGUAAUUACGGAUAUGACCUCUUUUUUCACCUUUUUAAAAAGCACCAAGACGCUCGAAAAACUGCAGCAUGUCUAUGGAACUUUAACUCUAGUGGGUUCUAAAUUUAUUAGUAAUAGAACUGAUUAUGCCAAUAAUCAAUGCAUAUUACCCACUCUUAACGAGUACAUUUUAACGACGUUGACGAGAUAUUUUCCGGAGAUCAGAUCAUCAGAAUCCAUUUAUUUAUUUUUGGCCCUUGACUUGUUACGCAGGUGCAUUUCAGGUCUUGAGAUUACUGAAACUAGGGCGAAACACGGAAAAGUGGAUAGCUUGAGCUAUUUAGAGCUUUCUGCAGCUAUUAAAAGUGGUCGGAAGAUCAAGAAUGUUCCGAAGAUUCCAAUAUUCGAUAUUCUGUCCCAAUUAAAUGAACAAGUUAUCAAUCAACUUCCCUCAUACAGCCUGUUUAUAUCUCCCAAAGUUUGGAAAUGUUAUUUCGAUUUAUUCACUCUGUGGAUGGGUGCUUACAAAACCAGUGCAACACGCAACGAAGCCAAGCUGCGUGUGUACCAAGAACUUUUCGAAAAGUGGGUAAGUUCUUCUAAGGAUUACCUUGAAAAUUGGGCCCCCCUCUCUCAAGUAAUUGAUGAGUUUGGCACCUCACUAAGUUUGACAACGGGAAACUCGAUGUCAAUAAUAUGGGAAGAGUUUCGGAGCAUAUAUCCUACGUCGAAGGAGCUUUGGCUGAACUAUGACCGUAUUGUUUCAGUGGCAGAAAAAUUUGACAGAGUAUCCAGGAAACAAUAUUCAGAUUCCUACGAUUUUAUUACCGAUUUAAGAAGGGUUUUUUUCAAUUUGACUGAAAAUGUCUUGAAAGGAGCCAACCAUGAUUUUGAGCCAAUAGUAUCGAAACUGGAAGCAGGAAUUGAGCAGCUUGAAACCAUCUCCUCUGGAUUUUUACAUGAGAGGAAGCACUUUUUCUUCGACGAAUUUGACGGCAUCAUGAGGAUGAUUUUUCAUUCAGACUAUGAUCUAAAAGAGGAAAUCAAUAGAAUUGCGUCACAUUCAUCUAUAUCUACAGAAAAGUUGAUAAAACUGUACUCAAAUUCUUAUUCAUACCCCCCUGUAUUUGAUAUAUUAUGGGUUAAACGCGAUAAUGAAUUCGAAUCGCAAACAAGCAGUAUUUUCAACUCAUCUUUGUUAGAACAACUGGUUAUCAAACUCAACUCCUUUGAAAGCUUCACUGGUAGUCAAAUGAAUCAAGCUUUUGAUGAUGCGCAAAUAUUGCUUUACCAUUUGCUGAGGUCCUCCAAUUAUGUAUUGAGAGAUCAAUGCGAAUUAUUCAAGUUAUUACUCAAAGAUUGGUAUAAUCAAAUUGUCAGCGUACACAUUGGAGCAGAGAAUCACAACAUUGAGGAUGUUUUGAGCUCGGUCGAAGGUUCAAAAAAUUCUUCGUUCAAGCGCGUUCAUAAUGAAUACCUGUCACCUGCUAUUAGAAUGAUCGAACAAACGCAAGCAUCGAGCGUCUUGGGAGAGGCGUGGAUAUUGUUUUGUUUAGGUAUAAUUGAGCUAUUUGUACCCAGUGCACCAUAUGAUCCAGCAGUUCAUGAUUAUGUUUUAUUUGAUCAUUUUUCCAUGCAGAAGACUCUCGCAGAGAAGUUAGUCCGAAGCUGGAAAUGUUGCAGGCAUGUACUGUCAGGUGAUAACCAACUAACUGCGGAAAGUCUUAUGGCCACCGUGACCGAACUUGAUGCUCCUAAAAAGCCUAGGGUUUAUAGGCCGCAAGAAACCAUUGAUCCGCUCUUUGAUGAAUGGUCUUCUUUCACAAUGUCUUCAGUUGGCUCAAAACCCGUUCAGCGACUAGCAGAAUUACUCGGUACUUUUGAUGAGAAGGCAGUCAAUCAAGCUACGUUGUUUCAGCAGAAUAGUUCACAGUUCCUUGACAGAUUGGCAAAUAAUUAUAAAGUCUAUUCGGACUUGAACGAUAUUUUCGCUGGAUGCGUUCUCGGCAUGAAAUUUGGUUUCGACUUACUCGUUGACUCGAAGCUGAAUCAAUUGAAGUCUGUUUCAUUGUCUCCCUUAUGGUCCGUUGACAUUUCAAUCUUGACUAGCCCCCAAGAAAUCAACUGUGCUUUCAGAGAACUGAGUCAAUAUUUUAAGAAGAAGAGUUCAGAAGCUUUAGUUGUUGAAAAUGUAAUGAUCUUCUUUUUGAGACUAUUCAAAUUCCAUGGAUUAAGUUCACAAUUGCGCGAGACGUUCAAUACAAUACUGCAAUCUUUAUACUACCGUUGGUCUUUGCGUCGCGUCCAACAAGAACAAGAGAAACAAGAACGAGGGAGCGUUUAUAAGUUCAAGGACAAUUCUGACGAUGUGAUGUCAGAUUUCAAAGAAAUGUUCCCCGAUUACGAAGAGGUGCUAUUACUCGACGAUGGAGAAGAGGUAAAAUCUUCUGAAGAAAGUUUGACAGAUGUUUACGCGCAGCUCUCAGAAGUCUAUGUAUCUACCUUUCUGGAAAAUGACAAAGAAGAGCUCAAUGGACUUGUCAAGGAAGGCUCCCGGGUAACGACACAAUUAAUGCAGGCCGGCGUGGAUUUCAAAUCUCAAAAUAUGGAUAGCAGCAAACUCACAUCUGUUAUAAGCCAGCUUUUGUGCGAUAUUCAGCAAUACAACGAACCUAAAGACGAUAAGUCUUUGAAUCUCUACAGGGAUUCGUCGAUAACAGAAACUAAAAAGGCCGUGUUAAUCAUUGAAAAACUCAUGAAUUCUGUGGACAGAUUAUUGAAGCAGUGGCCAGAACAUGCUACUUUGAAAGAGCUCUUCAGAGUUUGCGGUGAGCUGUUGAACUAUCCGUCCAGCACUCCAAUCGCACGUUUAUUGCAAAAAGUCGAACAAAUUUAUACUUUCGCAACAGAAUGGGAGAAAUAUGCUUCUAGUGAAGUGUCUGUUGCUGUCCAUAUUAAAGCAAUCACUGAAUUGAUCAUCUCAUGGAGAAAGCUUGAAUUGUUAACAUGGAGUAGUCUUUUUGAUUAUGAAGAGAAAUCAUUGAGGAAAGGUGUGGGAAAGUGGUGGUUCCACUUGUUCGAGUCGAUAAUUGUGUCUGCCACUGAUCAGAAUGGAAACGAAAACGCCCAUGAAACAGAUGCACAAAAAAUCACUAAAUUAGUAGGUUCCCUGAACUUAUUCAUGAGUAAAUGUACCUAUGCGGAAUUCAGCAGUCGCUUAGAACUCAUCAAAGCUUUUUCAAAACAUGUCGAGUUGAUUCACGGUGAAAAUUCAUCUGUUCUGCAUGGCCUAUGCAAUGUUAUAACAUAUUAUGAACAAUUUCACGAUAUGAUUGAAACUUACAUCAAAAAUGGAAGAAAGAAACUAGAAAAAGAGGUCUCAGAGGUCAUACUGCUUGCUAGUUGGAAGGACGUUAACAUUGAUGCUCUGAAACAGAGUUCUCGGAAAUCGCACAAUAGUUUGUACAAGCUAGUGAGAAAAUACAGAGAUAUGCUUUCCCAGGAUGUUACCAUCAUUAUCGAAAGUGGCAUACCACUCGCGGACAAGGUCAACUUAUCUUUCGAUUUGAAUGCAAUUCCAAAUUUCAAAUCAAUUGACAUUCAACGAGCCGAGAAUGAAGCUAGUAUGAUUCCUUCAUGGAAUUCAAGACCCAAAAUGUUGCAAAAAGUUGGCAUAAUUGAGCGUAAUAUGGCUGUUUAUGGUGCUAAAAUUGAAAAACAAGAACAACCAGACUUUUACGCGUUUGCUCGCGAAGUUCUGGAAGAAGCGACUCGUCUACGUCAAGAGACGCCGGGCACGCUAACUAAAGAAAACAAAAAAAUGCUAGCAUCUUUGAAGUCUCAAAAAGCUAAAACUCUCAAUGACACAUUAAAAGAAUUGCGCCGUAUGGGGCUCAAGUGCAAUUUCAGGGAGGAUAUUCGCAAAGUUCAGGUCACUGUCACCUCGAUUCUAGGAAGCUCACAAUCCUUCAAAGGAUGUGACUUGGAAAACAUAGACGCCUAUUAUUUCAGAGUAUUAGACCUAAUACCCCGCCUGAGAAACGCUGCAUCUCAGCCCGCUGACGAUGCACCUCUUGGAGCUAUUGAGAGAGGACUGGCGGUUUUCGAGCAUCUGAAUUACAUGUUAGUCACAAGUAGGCCUGCUCUUUACACACUAGCCCACAAUUAUAAGAGAUUGGAUGACUUAAGACUGAAACUUGAAGAAAUUGCUUUGUCUACCGAAAUUUUGAAGCUUAAGACCAUAAAGAUCAAUCACUCUGUUUUUGCCCACAUUUGUAAGUGGUUACCUGAAUUGAUUGACUAUGUCGCAAAUUCAUUGAAAUUGAGCGCAAGAGAACUGAAGAAGGAGGUUGAUUUAACGUUCCUAUUCAACGCUAAGAAUACAAUACUUGACUUCAAAUCAGCUUCAGAAGCUUUCGAAACCAAAAAGAGGAGCAUAAUAACUGUUUAUGAGGAAUUUGAAGUAUUUUUGAAUAAUUUCUUGAAUACUUUGUCUCAUGACAAUGGUGAACUCUCCUUCAUGUAUAACAGCAUAUCAACUUGGAUCAGCGUUUAUUACAAUGCAAUCACUACCGUCAAUGAUGAAAUAAAGGAGGGAUCGCUGGAAGUAAUGGACAUGAUGUUCCGGAAGAUUUCAACCUCGAUAAUGUUAUCUGUGCAAAAGCUUCUUGCAGAACAACGUGAAGUUAUAACUGAAGAAGAUGACCAUUGGCUAGUUGACUCCCAUGGAAGAGUGAUGAACAUGAUUAAAAAAUGUAAUUCAUCAAGAGUUGUCAGCAACGUCGCAGAAGUAGUAAACUCGUUCAAUUCGAAUAGCUUCGAGGCAGAUGCUUUUUCGAUUUCGGCCUUGACAGCUUUUACGUUACCUCUUAUUAACCAGUAUUUUGCAUUACUAACCAACGUUAUCAACAAAUCCAAGCUGCAUUACAGCUCUCUGAGUCACGGAACAUUUGUUCUUGCCAGCAUCUUGUUCAACUUGAGUAAAGACGGCUUUUGCUCUCCGGAAGUUCCUAAUGAAGAAGUUGAUGACAAUAAUUUACAUGAUGGUACUGGAUUAGGCGAUGGAGAAGGUGCCCAAAAUAACUCUAAGGAUGUUGAGGAGGAUGAAAACUUGACGGAAAAUGCUCAACAACCAAACAAGGAUCAAAAUGAAAAGAAGGACGAUGCUGACAACGAAAAUGAUGAUGCAGUUGACAUGGAGGGCGACAUGGCCGGUGAAUUGGAAGACGCUAGUGACAUGGAAGAUGACGAAGAAAAUGAAGAUGAAGAAGAGAAUAGUAUGGAAGAGCAAAUAGACGACUUGGACGACGAUGAUCCAAAUGCUAUUGAUGAAAAAAUGUGGAAUGAAGAGGCUUCUGAUGAUUCCAAAGAAAAAACUUCAGAUGAGAUGCCCCAAAAUUCCAUGACUGAUGAGAUGCAGGCUUCAGAAGAACAAGAGAAGGAACAGAAGUCAGAGCAAAAGAAUGAAGAAGAUAAUAAUCAAAAGGAAGAAAGUCUGGACGAAGAAAGCAAACCUAGUGAAACUAGUAAUGAAGAAGGCGAUGAAGAGGGAGAUGAGGAAGAAGAUGAAGAGGAAGAUGUUGGAGGGCAGGAUGACGAAGUCAAGAAUGAAGAAAAUAAUGAGCUUGAGGAGAACGUUCCCGAAGUUGAAACCAUGGACUUGCAUGACGACUUAAACCUAGACUCUGGCGAAGAUGAUAAUCCUUUGAACGAUGAUAGCAACGAAGAAACGAACGAUGACUUGGACGUUGAUAUCGACAUGGACGAUGACGAUAAAAUUGAAAACGAAGAACAUUCUCCUCAGGAAGAAUCUGAGGGUGAAGAACAACUAGAUGAACAGAACAUGGAUUCUGAUCGCGAAGAGAUAGAGAACGGAGAUGAAGGAACUGAGGAUCACGAUGGUGAAGAACAAGAGAACUCCGACAAAAAUGAAGCGGAUUCUGAUCCGGAAAUUGUACAGGACGAUACUGCCAACGAUACAAAAGAAGCUGGUGGUGAGGACAACACGGAAAAUGCCGAAGGGUUAGAUGGUGUUGAAGACAUGGUUGAUAAUGAUGAAAUGGAUCUUGAUUCAGCUGUUAACCAGAAAUCUGGGGCCAAGGGUGAGGGUGCAGACUCGACGAAUAGUGAAGAACAACGUGACAUUGGGAGUUCAGGAAAUGCACAAGACCAACAGCAACAAUCCGAAGAUACAGAAUACAAUGAAGCUUCUCGCGAGGAGGCGAAAGAAAGUUUGAAACAACUCGGUGAUAGCUUAAAGGAGUUCCACAGACGGCGCGAGGAAAUCAAAGAAGCCCGAACAGAAGAAAAUAGUGAAUACAAUGAGGGUGUCAAUGAACGCCCAGAUGAAUUUGAACAUGUUGAUGGUGCUAAUGCAGAGACGGACACGCAAGCUUUGGGAUCUGCGAACAAAGAUCAAGUCACUUCGAUUGACGAAGAAAAGGCUAUCGACGAUGAGAUUCCCGAUGCUGCUACUGAUACCGAGACAGACAAAGAUGGUGCUGAAGAUGAGGCUAAACAAGCUAAUCUAGAAGAAGAUAUUGAAAUGAAUGAAGAUGAAGCAAUAGUUACAGAAGAUCAAACCACUGAUGACAACAAUGGCAAAAGCAGGGGAGCCUUCAUAGGAGAAAGGUCUCAACUAGAUGAAAAAGACUCCUUCUUUAGUAAAGGAUCUCUCGAAAGUGAAGAAGAUGAGUUGGAUGAGUUAAUGGAUAAUAUUGACCGGGUUGUCAAAAUUGAGGAAAGUUCACUGCUUCCACCAAGAUCAAUCGAUGAGGCACGAAAAUUGUGGAAAAAGAGCGAGAUGAAAAUUGUAGAGUUAGCAUCUGGGUUAAGCGAACAGUUACGAUUGAUUUUAGAGCCUACACAAGCAACGAAAUUGAGAGGUGACUACAAAACAGGUAAAAGACUGAACAUGAAGAGAAUCAUUCCUUAUAUUGCGUCUCAAUUCCGUAAAGAUAAGAUUUGGUUGAGGCGUACUAAGCCAAGUAAGCGUCAGUAUCAAAUUAUGAUUGCCGUAGAUGAUUCAAAAUCGAUGAGCGAGUCCAAAUCUGUAGAUCUAGCUUUCCAGAGUAUUUGUCUGGUUUCCAAGGCAUUGACUCAGCUGGAGUCUGGAGACUUAUCAAUUGUCAAGUUCGGUGAAACAAUUCGCGAAGUUCAUCAUUUUGAUCAGCAAUUUAGUACAGAAUCCGGUGCGAAGAUCUUCCAAUGGUUUGAUUUCCAGGAAACUAAGACUGAUGUGAAGAAACUUGUAGCAGAGUCAAUCAAAAUCUUCGAUUUUGCACGCGCUACAAGUAACAAUGAUCUGUGGCAAUUAGAAAUCAUAAUUUCAGAUGGUGUUUGCGAAGACCAUGAGACAAUACAAAGACUGGUCCGUCGUGCCAGAGAAAAUAAAAUCAUGCUCGUGUUUGUCAUCGUCGAUGGCAUAAACUCCAAUGAAUCCAUAAUGGAUAUGAGCCAAGUAAAAUACGUCUCAGAUCAAACUGGAAACAUGCAAUUGAAGGUAGAAAAGUACCUGGAUACGUUCCCAUUCGAAUUUUAUGUGGUGGUUCAUGACAUUUCCGAGCUACCAGAAAUGCUGUCGCUAAUCUUGCGCCAGUACUUUUCGGAACUCGCCUCUGUGUAA